AUGGGAGUUCUCACACUCACCGAAGAUCGGCCAACGCCCAAGUGCGUCUACAACUGGCGUGUCUACGCACUCGCCGCCAUUGCAUCAUGUGGUUCCAACAUGAUCGGUUAUACCAGUGCUUUCAUCGGUACUACUAUCACAUUAGACUCAUUCAAGCAUGAGUUUGGUCUUGACAAGAAGACCACAGCCGAACGAAGCCUGAUCAGCGAAAAUAUCGUCUCGCUCUUCAUCGCUGGUGCUUUCUUUGGUGCUUUGGGCACAUAUGCCAUGGGCCACUUCAUCGGCCGCAAAUGGAACUUGGCCGUCGCGGCUGCAGUCUUCGCUCUCGGAUCUGGAUUGCAGCUCGGUGCCAACUCUGCUCGAGGACUGGGUAUUCUCUACGCUGGCCGUGUGCUAUCUGGUCUGGGUACCGGUGUUGCUUCCAACAUUAUUCCCAUCUAUCUUUCCGAGCUGGCGCCACCAGCUAUCCGAGGUCGGCUGGUCGGUCUGUACGAGCUGGGCUGGCAAAUCGGCGGUAUGCUUGGUUUUUGGAUCAACUACGGUGUUGAGCAACACAUGCCCGCAAGCCACGAGCAGUGGAUCAUUCCGUUCGCGAUCCAACUAGUGCCUUCGGGCCUCCUUUUCGCUGGAGCCCUGUGGAUCAAGGAAUCGCCCCGCUGGCUUUUCCUCAAGGACCGUCGCCGCGAGGCGAUGGAGAACCUUUGCUGGAUCCGCCAAUUGAGCCCCGACGACAUGUACAUCACCGAGGAGGUCGCCGCUAUUGACCAAGCUCUGGAGUACCAGAGGUCUUCCAUUGGUAUUGGUUUCUGGAAGCCCUUCCAGGCUCUUGCUACUCGCCGCAACGUGAUGUACCGUCUCAUGCUCGGAUGUAUGCUCUUCUUCUGGCAGAAUGGAUCCGGUAUCAACGCCAUUAACUACUACUCGCCCACUAUCUUCAAAUCGAUUGGUGUUGACAGCGAGACUACCAACCUGAUGACCGGUAUCUUCGGUGUGAUCAAGGCCGUUAUGACUUUCGUGUGGCUCCUCUUCCUUGUCGACCAGAUUGGUCGACGCAACCUGCUCCUCGGUGGUGCCGUGACCGGAUCUAUCUGCAUGUGGAUCAUCGGUGCCUAUAUCUGCGUCGUGAAGCCCGAGGAAAACCCUUCCACCUCUCUUAACGGUGGAGGUAUCGCUGCUAUCUUCUUCUUCUACCUGUGGACUGCCGUCUAUACCCCAACCUGGAACGGUACCCCCUGGGUCAUCAACUCCGAGUUCUUCGACCCCAACUUCCGCUCCCUCGCCCAGGCCGCCACCACCGCCAGCAACUGGCUCUUCAACUUCCUCAUUUCCCGCUUCACCGAGCAGAUGUUCGAGGCUAUGGGAUACGGAGUGUACAUGUUCUUCGCUGCCCUCUCCUUCCUGGCGUUCUUCUUCGCUUUCUUCCUCAUCCCCGAGACCAGUGGUGUUCCCCUCGAGAAGGUCGAUCGCCUGUUCGAAUGCAAGCCUGUCUGGAGAGCAAACAAGAUGCUCAAGGAGCAGCUCCGCGCAGAAGAAGAGCAGUUCCGCUUUGAUGUCAAGGAGCACGCUUAUCAUGAGGAGAACACUGACGCUGCCCCAUCUGCCGCUGCGCCGGCCGCUGCGCCUGCUUCCGCUUCCCAAGACGAGGAGGCGGCGAAGUACGCUUAA